AUACCCAAGUCCCACAAACACUACACUCCACUUUUAUUUCAUUCCAUCAAGGCAUAUCAUAUUAAGUCAUAUUUUGGUGAUUUGAUUAAGGAACAAAGCUUGUAAUUUCCCCCUUUCCCUUGUUAUUUAUUUCGGCCAUAGGCCUCAUUUGAAAACAGAUUGUAUUCUUCAUUUCAAGAUAGAAAUACACUGGUUGUAUUCUGUUUUCAAAUCCUAAUUUCUAUAUCUUAAGUCACCAAUAAUCGAUUUUCAUAUUUGUGUAAAUCGACUAUCAACCCCUUCAGAAACUCUCCACCAAAUCCUUUGAGAAACUGAACCCUUCCAUAAUCGAUUAUCUCUUUAGAAGAGGUCCGGUGGGGGAAGAUGGCGGUCGAGACACUGGCGGCGGCGGGUGGAGACACUGGCGGCGGCGUCGAGGAGGAAGGGAGACACUGGCGGCGAGGGGACUGGCGGUCGAAGGCGAGGCGAGGAGGGAGACACUGGCGGCGCGGUCGACGGCGAGGCGAGGAGGACGAGGGCCGCGGCGUCAACGAAGCGUGCGACGGCGGCGGGCGGUCAAGGAAAGCCGCGGAGGAGAUGCGUUGGUCGAAGUUGGGUGAACGGAAGAUGGCUGGGCUUACAGAUUUCGUCUACAGAUUGAAAAGAUGACAACCCUAUUUUAAUUAAUUAUUUGAGUCCCUAAAUAUUUGCCACAUUUGUAUUCCCGAUUUAAAAUAUCAAAAUUUUUUCAAUUCAUUUUAUUUACAUAUUGGUAUAGAAAUAAAAAAUAAAAUUUACAUAUCAAAAAACUACAUGAAAAGUUCUUUGAAAUAAGAGGUGUCAAAAAUAUUUUAUUUUAUUAAAUAACCAAUGAAAACGUAGAAAUAAAUAAAAGUUUCUAUGUCUG